AUGCUUACGACAGGCGUGGACAUCAUCGAAAUCGGGCGGAUAGCCGGGGUGCUGGAGCGCUACGGAGACCGCUUUUUGAGUCGCAUCUACACCCCCGGCGAGCUGGAAUACUGUCGCGGACGGCCCUCAAAGCUGGCAUCCCGCUUCGCGGCCAAGGAGGCCACGAUGAAGGCGCUGGGCACCGGCGUUCGUGGCGUGGCUUGGAAGGACAUCGAGGUUAUCCGCGCUCCCAGCGGAGCGCCCAGCAUUGCGUUGCACGGCAGGGCCAAGAGCCGCGCCGAACGUCUGGGCGUGGUCGAAAUUUCAGUCAGCAUGUCGGACUCCCGGGACAAUGCCGUAGCGUUCGUCGUGACGCGCCGCGAAGAGCCCGAGUAA